AUGGCGCCAGGAGAGACAUACUUGAUAAUCGACGGCCUUCAGCACAUAGCCAACGCUGAUCGAUCUGGUUACCUGGGUUUCACACAAAAGGUGACGACCAAAGCAUUCAAACGCUUCCAUCUGGUGGUUUCCACUCGCAACGAAGCCAAGCUUGAUAGAGUUCUCUCAGAUAUCACUGGUUGGACAUACAUCACCUUUAACGAAGUACAUACCCUUGGGCACAUGAAGCAAUGGGCGAGCGGUUACCUCGCGUCCGAUCACGAGCUGGGGCAGAUAUCCGAAUGCAUGCGCGACAAUAUUGUCGACGGGUUUUACACCUGGCGCACCGCGUACUUCAAGCUGCAGACCUUGAGGGACUUGGAAUCAAUAGGAUGGACUCAUGUUUUUAACAAAUACAAUGGCGCUCCACAGCCGGCUCAGCUUAACGACUGGGUAUUUGGGCUGCAAACGCCUGCACCUCCACCUUCGCCUCCACCCUCCCCUCCAAGUCCCGGAGGUGGUUCCGGAGGUGAUUCCUCUAAGAAGAAGCGAACAUAUUCUCAGCCCGAGGCUGGGAGUAAACGGCCGAAAUUUACUUAUUGUCUUCCAGGGAAUAUGGGUGUCUAG